AUGUUCGCAUCACUCAGGAAAGCGGGCUCUUUGGCUCGGAUCGCGUCUGCCGGCCAGAGGCGCUUCCUCUCCAUACACGAAUACCAGUCAGUGAAGCUCCUGAACUCCUAUGGUAUCUCAACACCCAAGGGUAUUCCUGCGCAGUCGCCUCAAGAAGCAUAUGAGAUCGCAAAGCAAUUUGGAUCGACUGGCUGUGUUAUCAAGGCUCAGGUUCUCGCUGGUGGACGAGGAAAGGGCAAGUUCGAUAAUGGCUUCCAAGGCGGUGUACAUGUCGUGGAAAGUCCUGAGCAGGCAAAGGAGUUUGCGUCCAAGAUGCUGGGUGCGAAGCUCAUCACAAAGCAGACGGGUGCUGCCGGCCGAAUUUGCAACACUGUCAUGCUAGCAGAACGCCGAGACGCUUCACACGAGUACUAUGUCGCUGUACUGAACGACCGUGCAACGUCAGGUCCAGUCCUGGUUGUCUCUGCGCAAGGUGGUAUGAAUAUUGAGGAGGUUGCCGCCAAAGAUCCCGAUGCCAUCAUUACCACCCCCAUUCACUUCGAGAAGGGCCUGAGCAAAGCAGAGGCUCUGAGUGUCGCGAAGAAGCUUGGUUUUAAGAGCGAGAAUGCGGAGAACGAGGCUGCCGAAACUUUCAUUAACUUGUAUAAGAUUUUCAAGGAGAAGGAUGCUACGCAGAUUGAGAUUAAUCCGCUCGGUGAGACAGCGGAUGGCCAUGUACUAUGCAUGGACGCCAAGUUUGGCUUUGACGACAACGCAGACUUCCGCCAGAAGGAUAUCUUCGCGCUCCGUGACAUUACCCAAGAGGAGGUGUCGGAAGUUGAGGCCCAGAAAGCAAACCUCAACUUCAUUAAGCUGGAUGGUAACAUUGGUUGCCUAGUGAACGGUGCUGGAUUAGCUAUGGCUACAAUGGACGUUCUUGCUCUUCACGGAGGCAACCCUGCCAAUUUUCUUGACGUCGGAGGAGGUGCUACUCCAGAAACAGUGAAGAAGGCGUUUGAGAUUCUGUUGGCUGACCCCAAGGUCAAGAGUAUCUUCAUCAACAUCUUUGGCGGUAUCAUGCGUUGCGAUUAUAUUGCGGAGGGUGUGAUCAAGGCUACGAAAGAACUUGGCCUCAGCAUUCCAUUAAUCGUCCGGUUAAAGGGAACGAUGGAGAGUCAAGCGAAACAAAUGAUCCGCGAGUCUGGCCUGAAAAUUAUACCUUUCGAUGAACUUGAUGAGGCUGCAGAGAGCGCGGUACAACUCGCACGAGCAUAG